AUCCGCUUUACAGCUUCUGAUACCAAGUUCUACAAAAGACAUAUUUAUUAAGGACAGAUUCUAAAAAGAAAACCAUGGGGUUGUUUUCUGGAGAUUUAUUUCCAACAAAAAUGAGUUUUAUUAUAUUUAUAUCAUACAUGGGAUUGUUCAUUAACCAAGGUAUACUCGUGACUGCAUCCAAAAAUAAGAAUAAUACCUAUAAUUAUAACACAGUGACAGUUGUUCUACUGACAGAGUUACUUAAACUGGUGGUAUCUUCUAUUGUAUAUUUAAAGGACAAUCCUGUUUCUAGUUAUUUCUCAGAAAUCUACAAACACAGAAAUGUGUUGAUGUAUUAUUUUGUUCCUGCUGCUCUCUACUGCCUGUACAACAACCUGCAGUUUGUCAAUCUAGCAACCUAUGACCCCACGACUUAUUACCUUCUACUGCAGUUCAGGGUCGUAGUCACGGGUGUAGUAUUUCAGGUCAUCUUUAGCAAGAAAUUAAGUAGAUAUCAGUGGGUUUCGCUGACAUUUUUGACUCUGGGAUGCAUAGUAAAAGAGUACGGCCAUGACAGCAAGUCAUCCCUUGCCACAUCUGCUGCUUCUACAUCCAGUUCCCUCUCGGUCUACUUCAACCGCCAUCUUCUCCUCAUUCUGGUCCAGGUCUUCAGUUCCUGCUUUGCAGGUGUUUAUAAUGAAUACCUACUGAAAGACAAAGGAGUGGAUGUUCAUAUCAUGCUGCAAAAUGUGUUCAUGUACCUGGACUCAAUUUUGUGUAAUGCUCUGGUGCUAGGGUUCAAGGGAGAAUUUAUCAGUGCAUUGGAACCUGGAAACAUUGCAGCUAUAAUGCAGCCUGGGGUUUUAAUUAUUGUUGUAAAUAAUGCUGCCAUUGGCAUUGUAACCAGUCUUUUCCUGCGAAACUUGAAUUCCAUCUUAAAGACAUUUGCCAGUGCCUUAGAGCUCAUGUUCACUGCUGUGUUGUGCUGGAUCAUUUUCGGUAUUGCUAUUGAUAUUUACACUGUUUUGGCCAUUUUUAUUGUAUCUGUUGCUACAGUGAUGUAUGCCCAGAGUCCAGUAGUUAAUUUGGCAAAGACUGAUGUUGAAAUUAAGGUUGACCCUCCAACAAAGGAAUCUGUAUAGACUUAAAUAGAUAAUCAUUUCACUUUCUAGCACUGCUGGUAAAAAUGUACAUGUGUGUGGUAUGAAUUAUUGAAAUCCUUUCUUUCAAAUCGGCAAACAACAUGUGUCAAACUUUUUAGAACCUUUUACAUUUGUGGAUACUACUCUUUAACUAAUAUCAAUUAAGAUCUUACUUAAAUACAUAUGUAUAUUCUUUUCUUUUUUUGUGGGAAUGCAUUGUUUUUCUGGUCUGAAUACAGUAGAUCACUUUAUUUUCAUGAUGAUAUUUUCAUUCAUUAAUUAAUUGGUAUUUAUUAGCGAGACAAAAUUUUCACAAGCUGUGGUUUCUGUUGUAUAUAACCAUGUAUAUGACAAAGAUAUGGGAGAAUAAAAUUUUUGCACAAACACAUUCACACGUGUAUGCAAAUAUAAAGUUCUCAUGAAUAAAAAGUGAUUUACUUUACAGUAUUUUGGGGGUUUAUUUGUAUCAUUGUUUGAUUAUUAUUGUGGGUUAGAACUAUAUUGUAUGCAAGAUGAGCAUAAUUAUUGGGUAUAUAUUGUAUUUUCUUUACAGGGAAUAAUGUAUACUUUGUAUAUACUUAUAUAAUUUAUUGUUAAUUUCUAUGUGAAACUUUCAUUAGAAAAAUAUAAAUGUAUAACUGUCAAAACAACACAAAGAUGUAUUUUGUACAGUGUUUCAGUAAGUUAUGGAAAUAACCACUCUCUCCAGAUAUAUGAUUUUCUGUAGACUAUAAAGCUCAGAAUGUUGUGAUUCCUUAUAACAUUUGUGAUAAUUUUUCCUGAAAUUAAUAAUUUUUUGUGAUGUAGACUUCCAGAAAUCCACAAUAUACAUUGCUUAAUUGAUAGUCGUGAGACAUACAAGAAGUAAACUGCAUUCCGUCAAACUUGUCUUUGACGAGUGAGGAAAUUGUAUUUUCAGAUUCAUAAAGUCAUUCAAGGUUAUAGAUUUUUAUUUUUUUCUGCUUGUUUGGUUUUUAUUUUGGAAUAAAAGAUAAAACUUUUGAAAAUUUUUAAACUCAAAUUUAUCAAUGCUUCUACAAAUCAUUUUCAACAUCAUAUCAUUUUGAAACUCCAUUAA